AUGGGGGGCUGGGCGGUUGUGGGCAUUGACUACAGCGGCAUCGCGUACACGGCCAAGAAUGGCUUCGCAAGCGUAGGUACGAACAAUGGGCAUAAUGGCACGUCUGGUAUUCAAUUCCUGAACAACACCGAGGUCGUGGUUGACUUCGCGUGGAGAGCCGUACAUACCGGAGUGGAAGCCGGCAAAACCCUCAUGCAGCCAUUCUAUGGGGAGACUGCAAACAAGUCGUACUUUCUCGGCUGCUCCUUGGGCGGUCGCCAAGCUAUCAAAGCAGCUGAGAUGUUCCCCGACGACUUUGAUGGCGUGGUUGCAGGGUCACCCGCUGUGGACUUUGAUAAUCUCUACUCGUGGAGAGCACGUUUCUACCCGAUAACAGGGCCCGUUGGCUCGCCCAAUUUCAUCACUCCAGCCUUUUGGAAAACGACGAUUCACGAAGAAGUGCUCCGCCAGUGCGACACACUCGACGGUGUUUCGGACGGAAUAAUCGAGGACCCAACGCUAUGCCAUUUCGACCCUGCACCUUUGCUCUGUAGCGAGUCGUCCAACAGUUCCGCCUGUCUGUCUCCCUCACAGGUUGAUAUUGUUCGCAAGGUAUUUGAGCCAUAUUCAUGGGAGAAUGGCACACUGUUGUACCCACGAAUGAAUCCCGGCGGUGAGAUAAUGUCUGCAGAUGGUCUAUAUAACGGCCAACCAUGGGCAUUAUCUCAGAGCUGGUUUCGCUAUGCGGUGUAUAACGAUCCGGAUUGGGAUCCUGCCGCCUACACACUGGCGGACGCUGAGUUUGCUGAAAACGUCAACCCGGGGAACAUUCGCACGUGGCCAAGCAGCCUGUCCGAGUUUCAAGACCGGGGCGGUAAGGUUGUCAUGUUUCAUGGAUUGCAGGACAACCAGAUCACGAGUCUCAAUAGCCCACGCUUCUACAACCACCUAGCUGAGGGCAUGAGCUACACACCGGAGCAGAUGGAUGAGUUCAUCCGCUUCUUCAGGAUCUCCGGGAUGUUCCAUUGCAACAGUGGCCCAGGGGCCUGGGUCGUAGGCCAGCAAGGUGGUUCUGCGGCGCAAGGAUCGUACGACAGGGAAAGCAACGUCUUGGCUGCGCUUGUAGACUGGGUGGAGCAGGGGAUUGCACCAGAAACCAUGACGGGCACCAAGUUCGUGAAUGAUUCCGCUGUAUUAGGAGUGGACUUUCAGCGGAGGCACUGCAGAUGGCCAUUGAGAAACACUUAUCUGGGUGGUGAUUCGAAAGAUCCUGAAAGCUGGGAGUGCCAGAAAGUGGAUGAAACUUGA